AUGGUAACUCCAAACACGCGUACCCUCGAAUCAAACAGUACAAAUCCCGAAACCCGCGAAUCCAGCGCAGAAACGCUUGCUGAGCAGCGGCAAAGAUGGGCCCGUCUCCUCCUCUCCCAGCACUACCAACCUCUGAUUGCCGAGGUGCUCGAGGAAGAGCUUCCCAAGUACGCCCACAGCAGCGUGAUUGACGCCACGGACACGGUGCAGCACAUGCGUGACUGCGCACUGAUUCUCGCUUCUGCAUCACCCGUAUUAACGGCAGCCGUAGCAGGAAACCUGGUAAUGCGUAUUCAAACAGAGUCUAGCCUCCAAACCGCAUACACAGCGCUCUCGGAUCGCGCACACAGCCAACCCUCUAUCUACGCGCACUUUCUCACAGACGAGUACGGGACUCCACCCACACCCACCCAGUAUCUCGCCAUCGGUGCCAUGGUGCAAGACUACGUCAGCGAGAAAGGCAGUUCAGAGCAUGCGUGGCAUAUAGAUAAUAUGACGCACCCGAUCGUACCUCAUGCAGCAUCUAUUCAAGGCCACCGCAAAUACCUGCACACCACCACCCGUUCCUCCAAGCGCGAACAAACGCUCCACCGCUUGUGCCACGGCAUCCAAGCCCGAUGCAUAGAAACGCCCCUCACCCUGCACAACACGCCGUUUGCGUAUCCGCCCGCCGAAUGCGGAUACUCGGGGUCGUCGCACACGCGGAUAGCCCAGCACCGGCGGCGACAGUCAUCCAACUACGUGAUGAAUCUCGUCGAGGACAUUUGCACGUAUCUGUAUGAAGAGGGGAUUUUCCCGCAGCAUUUCCGCAUGCACGCUUUUAUUCUGUUUCUGGUGUUCCGGCAGAGCAUGGCGAGUAUGGCGGAGAUUUUGUGCUCGGCGCUGCUGCAGGUGUGGGUUCACCGUGGAGGAGGCUUCAAUGCGUAUCCCGCGGGCCGCAGCGUGGCGACUGCUGGGCGCGUGAGUGGUGGCGAAUGGGAGGCGUAUGCAAGUAUCCUCCUCACCAAUCACAAGUAA